AUGGAUGAAGCUUUGCCACGCCCCAUCCCUGAAGAUGGAGACAGCCUUGUGAAAGUGAAGGAGGAAGAUCCCACAUGGGAGCAGAGGUGCAGCUCCCAUACUCUGGAGCUGUGCCGCCUGCGCUUCCGGCAGUUCUGCUACCAGGAGGUCACCGGGCCCCGAGAGGCUCUGGCCCGACUCCGGGAACUUUGUCAUCGAUGGCUGAGGCCAGAGACCCACACCAAGGAGCAGAUCCUGGAGCUGCUGGUGCUGGAGCAGUUCCUGACCAUCCUGCCUGAGGAGCUCCAGGCCUGUGUGCAGGAGUAUCCUCUGGAGAGUGGGGAGGAGGCAGUGACAGUGCUGGAGAAUCUAGAGAAAGACACAGAAGACACAGGGCAGCAGGCUUCUGUCUACCCUCAGGGACAGGACAUGCACCUACUGGUGACAGAAUAUCAAGGAGCCUCUUUGGAGUGUCUGAACCCCCAGCUCCCACCUGGAGUGACCAUCUUGAAGUGUGAACCUCCAGAUCUCCCCCAAGAGAUUGCCCAGGAAGUGAGUGGGCCUGCUCCCCAGGGACAAGCCCCUCUCCAGGAGAAUCCCAGAGACCAGGCAGCAGCACCUGGGUUUAACUCAGCCAGGUCCCAGACAUCAGUGAAGACUGAGGAAGCAGCAGCCCAGGCCCUUGUACCAAAGGAGUGGCCAUAUCUGAGUCCGGCUCAGAGGAACCUCUGUGGGAACUCAGCUCAGGAGAAGCUCAAGAAUUUGUACCUAAAGAUGGAUUGUUUAACCCAAAGCAAGAAACUUCUGAAGAAAUGGAACAAGGUGCUGAGACAUCAGGAACACCCAAAAGAGCAGUGUGUCUACCAGAUGAAUGCAGAACUAGGAGAGGCUAAAUCCUUCCAUGUUCAGAAAUGCUGUGAGAGAGAUUGUGUACCCCAGGUCCCUUGUAGUACUCCUGUCCCUGUUGAAAGGACAGUUGCGCAUUUGAACACUCUGAAGGACCGUCACCCGGGUGACUUGUGGGCUCGGAUGCACAUCUCAUCCCUGGAAUAUGCUGCAGGAGACAUUACCCGGAAAGGGAGAAAAAGGGACAACACUCGAGUGAGUGAACUGCUCCAAGGCCUGGCAUUCUCUGGUGACUCAGACGUGGAAGAAAGCGAGCCUGAGACCCAGCCUGCUCUGAAAAAGGUAAAGGUGUCCAGUGUCCCAGAAAAGACUUGGACCAAAAGAGACAUUAAACCCAACUUUCCAAGCUGGUCAGCAUUGGAUUCUGGACUUUUGACUCUCAAGAGUGAAAAGUUGAACCCAGUAGAGCUCUUUGAGUUGUUUUUUGAUGAUGAGACAUUCAACUUGAUUGUCAGUGAAACCAAUAAUUAUGCUUCUCAGAAAAAUGUCACCUUGGAAGUCACAGUUCAGGAAAUGAGGUGUGUGUUUGGUGUCCUGCUUUUGAGUGGACUUGUGAGGCGUCCCAAAAGGGGAAUGUAUUGGGAAAGGUCUGAUGCUGAUCAGAACCUGGUUAGAGAUGCGAUCAGAAGGGACAGAUUUGAAUUGAUUUUCUCAUACCUGCAUUUUGCAGAUAACAGCCACCUAGAUCAAAAAGAUAAGUUUACAAAAUUGAGGCCUCUCAUAAAGCAAAUCAAUAAAAACUUUCUCCUGUAUGCUCCCCUAGAAGAAUACUAUUGUUUUGAUAAGACAAUGUGUGAAUGCUUUGAUAGUGACCAGUUCCUGAAUGGGAAACCUAUCAGAAUUGGCUAUAAAAUCUGGUGUGGUACAACCACACAGGGGUAUCUGGUUUGGUUUGAGCCCUAUCAAGAAGAGUCAACUGUGAUGGCAGGUAAGGAUCUUGAUCUCGGUGUAGGUGGAAAUCUGGUGAUGAAGUUUGCUGAUGUUCUUUUAGAGAGAGGUCAUUAUCCCUAUCACCUGUGUUUUGAUAGCUUCUUUACAAGUGUCAAACUGGUAUCAGCCUUAAAGAAGAAAGGAGUGAGGGCAACAGGAACAAUUCGUGAGAACAGGACCGAAAAAUGUCCCCUUAUGAAUGCGGAGCAUAUGAAAAAAAUGAAAAGGGGGUAUUUUGAUUUCCGAGUAGAAGAAAAUGAUGAGAUCAUUGUGUGUCGUUGGCAUGGUGAUGGCAUUAUCAGUCUGUGCUCCAGCGCUGUUGGCAUAGAGCCAGUCCGUGAGAUACAGGGUUAUGCCAGCGAUGAGGAGAGCCCUCAGAUAAGUCAGCCAUCCAUAGUGAAAUUGUAUGCUGAGUGCAGGGAAGGUGUAGCUAAAAUGGAACAGACCACUUCCAAAUACAGGGUGAGAGUAAGAAGCAAAAAGUGGUACUCAGUUUUGGUGAGCUACAUGAUUGAUGUAGCCAUGAGCAAUGCAUGGCAGCUACACAGAGCCUGUUACCCUGGGGCCUCUCUGGAUCUUGUGGAUUUUCGGAGAUAUGUUGCACAUUUUUACUUGGAGCACAAUGCAAGUCUGUCAGAUUAAGGCAGAUAAAACAGACACGAUGCGGAUGUUAAUAAGACAGAAAAAUCACAAUUUCACAUCAGAUUGUACCAAAGCAAACCUGAUGUGUGUAUACAGUGAAAUUAUUAAAUAACUAAUAUUUUCAAACAUUUAUGUAGUUUUUUAAAACUGUUAUAACAAGUAAUGUUAAAAAUGAUCUGUAAAAAUGCUGACAUCCAGUGGCAACUUUUUCUAUGUCUAAUUUUGAUGUUAAAUGUGGGAAAUCACUUAUUAAAUUGAAUUAUAUUGUGCAUUUAAAGAAUGAAA